AUGAAUCUUUUUCUGUGUCUCCGGUCCCUAUGUUUCUUUCUUUUAACUACUUCGUUCAUUAAAGCAUCAGAAAUAAAUGUGGAAAACUAUGAAUCUGAUAGAAUAAUCCAUCUUCCUGGCCAACCUUCAAACCCCUCAGUUUCACAAUUUUCAGGUUAUGUCACUGUCAAUGAAGCCCAUGGGAGGGCCCUUUUCUACUGGUUCUUUGAAGCUCAAUCUGAACCGUCCAAGAAGCCUCUCCUUCUCUGGCUUAAUGGAGGACCCGGAUGCUCCUCCAUUGGGUAUGGUGCAGUUGUUGAGAUAGGACCUCUACUAGUCAACAAAAAUGGUGAAGGACUACAUUUCAACAACUACUCCUGGAAUCAAGAAGCAAAUUUGUUAUUUGUGGAGUCCCCUGUUGGAGUUGGUUUUUCUUACACUAACACAUCCUCUGAUCUCACCAAAUUAGAGGAUAAUUUUGUGGCUGAGGAUGCUUACAAUUUCUUGGUGAAUUGGUUACAAAGAUUCCCACAGUUCAAAUCCCGGGACUUUUAUAUAGCAGGAGAAAGCUAUGCUGGCCACUAUAUCCCUCAGCUUGCAGAGCUAGUCUUUGAUCGAAACAAAGAUAGAAGCAAAUACCCCUUUAUUAAUUUUAAAGGUUUUAUUGCAGGGAAUCCAGAAACUGAAGAUUACUAUGACUAUAAAGGCCUGCUAGAAUAUGCAUGGAGCCAUGCAGUUAUAUCAGACCAGCAAUACGACAAAGCAAAACAAGUAUGUGAUUUUAAACAAUUCAAUUGGUCUAAUGAAUGCAAUCAGGUCAUGAACGAAGUCUUCCAAGAUUACUCAGAAAUUGACAUAUACAACAUUUAUGCCCCGGCUUGUCAUCUGAAUAGCACAUCCUCAAUGGCUAAUGAUAUUAACAGUAACGGCCCUGAAUCACUCACAAAGGUGAGAAAUGAUUAUAGAAUAAAGAGGAUGAGAAUUUUUGGGGGCUAUGACCCGUGUUAUUCCACAUAUGCACAAGAAUAUUUCAAUAGGUUAGAUGUUCAGUCAUCUCUUCAUGCAAAUACUAAAAGAGCAAACACUAAAUUUACAUGGAACGUUUGCAAUAAUUCCAUAUUGAGGACUUACAACUUCUCUGUUUUUUCGGUCCUACCUAUCUACACCAAACUCAUCAAGGGUGGACUUCAGAUAUGGAUUUUCAGUGGAGAUGCAGACGGCAGAGUACCUGUGAUAGGGACACGAUACUGCGUUGAGGCUCUUGGAUUACCUCUCAAGUCUAGUUGGCGAUCUUGGUACCAUGAUGAUCAGGUUGGGGGAAGGAUAGUGGAGUAUGAAGGGGUGACAUAUGUGACAGUGAGAGGAGCUGGUCACUUGGUGGCUCUCAACAAACCCAGUGAGGCUCUCUCCCUUAUUCAUUCUUUCCUAACCGGCGACCAUCUCCCUACUCGUCGAUAAUGCUUUUGGUUACUGUUUUUCUCAUAAGAAUAAAAAUCUAUGUAUGAGUACCUAAUAAAAAAAAAAAAACAAUGUCAACAACUUAUGUAUCCACGAAUUAUCAACAUGUUAGUUUCUUAUGAUGGGCCCACACUGACUUGCAUUUGGAAAGAAAAGCUGCAUAGAGAUAGAUGGUGGAGAAAAACAACGGGGCCAAUACCCUGAGUGCAAAAACAAAAAUAAUAAGGAAUCCUUUCUCAAGAAAGAGGAUGUGAAUCAUGUUCAGCAAUAAUGAUAUAUGGCUGAAAUUCAAGUAUGUUGUUCUUGACUUCUUGUUACUAAGAAAUAUUUUUUUAAAUACUUUUGUCUUUUUUGUAGAUUAAAUUAGAUACUUUAUUAGUGGGUAUCAUUGUAUUGGUUUCCAC